AUUGUAUACAGUACACUCAUCGUUAGUAUGAGCUACUGGGCAAACCUUCCAGCCCCUAUCUUGCUCCAAGUUAUCUAUUCCUUAGAUAUUAAAUCAGUUUUACAAGUUUGUCUCGUUUGCAGGCACUGGUCAAAUUUUGCACGCAGUGAUGCUGUCUGGCGUCGUCUAUUCGCUCGCCGGUGGAAGAAACAGCGAGAAAGCACGCGCAAUAAACGUCAGUCGACGUGGAUGGACGAAUACAAGCACCUACAAUCAUUCUUCUCAUUCCGCCGUCUAAAACUAGAAGUUGACGGCGAGGCUUGGUUUCUGACCUUCUCACGUGACGGAAAGAAAAUGGCGGCGUCGACACGCGCCGGCAGCGCCUUUCUGUGGUCAGUAAACAGAGAAAAAACGGACGCCCAAGAUUUCUCUGUUGUGUGCAGUUUGGAACAGAGAGUGUCAAUAGAUAGAGGAUAUGAAUGCUAUGUGUGCAGUUUUAGUCCCAACUCUCGCCUCUUGCUGCUGACUGCUGUUGAUAUUAAUGUUGAGGCUACAGUUCACACAGCCGGAACGGCCUUUGUAUUCGACAGUAUGUCUAGUAUGAAACUUAUAGGUUAUGUGGACAAACUCGUGUUUUAUCUAACAACCUCGAUGGCCUGGAUCGACGAUAGUAGUUUUUUUGGAUGUCAAUGGGACACAAUUGAGGAAAUCAUUAAUGUCAAUGUGUAUUCGCCAUUGCCUGUGAUGACAUUGAGACAACUGUGUUCUUUCGACUGUGGGCCGAGUAAGGCGAUUAAGAGUGUCGUUCAUAUUCGGUUGUACACACUGGAUGGAGGGAAACAUUAUGACCUCGUGGCAAUUGUUUGUCCAGAUCGACCGGAUAUGUCUCUACACGUGCUGUGGAGAUCUAAGUGGUCGGAGAAAUCAUUGCCGCCAAAGCUCACAUUUGAUAUUAGUAAAUCGGUCGACUUGAAUUGUUUAGUGUGUGGGAUGGAAAUGACACCUUUGUAUAAACGGUUGGUCACAGUGUGCACGUCAGUGCUGACGAAUACUAAUGCAUCGAUGCGUGAUGUUGAAGUGAAAGUGUUUGAUCUCGAAACGCUCGCUUGUUUGCAAUGCUUGCCGUCGUGCAAGUUGGCCCUUAGGCAAUGGCAUUUGUUUGUUGGAGUAAACGAGGAUUACGUGGCUUGUGGCGAUGAGUCUGGCGCUGUGAUUGUGUGGGAUCUUGUUCACGAAAUAGUGGUUUGUGAACUGAAAGGACACGAGCAACUUGUAAAUGCUGUAGCGUGGCAUCCAACGAUUUUUGGAGUUAUUGCAGCUGCCGGUGAUGAUCACUCUGUUACACUCUGGCAUUCUUGAUGUAAACACAGUCACUUUCCUAACAGUUAGUCAUUGAUAUUUAUUUGAUUUAGUUAUUGCCGAGUGUAGUUAUAUAUUUAUUUUAGGUGUUUUAGCGUGAAUAGUUGAUUAUUUAUAUUAAAUACAUUAUUUAGA